GGAUGGGACCAUCUCGUUCUUUCGGCUCCGACUUCGUGUGUGGCUCAUCGGUUUCCACGGUGGCAAUGGAAAUUAUUGGAUAACGCUCGCCAUGUCGCCUUCUGGGUUUUGGGAGCGAAAUCCCCUCCGUCCCUUUGCCAAAUUCCUCCUCACUUCCAGGGACCACCGGAGGAGGUCCGUUCUCACUUUGAACUCGCAACUCUUCACUAGUCUGUGAUACCCUUCUUCUUGAUUCAAUCUUGAGAAUUCUUGCAAUGGCGUCCAUGUCUGGAUUGGUCCUGAAAGACUGCAAAGUUCGGACGUGUGGCGCUCGCUACAGAUCAAGCUCUUGCUAUCCGACACGGGGAGUCGUGUCUCGUCUUGAUCUCAGUAGGGACAAUUCUGUUUGUGAGAAUGGAAGGAGUCUGGCUGUCAAGAACCGGUUGCAGACUUCUGCGGUUGCUGUUGCAACAACACCUAAUCCAUCUUCAAGGAAAUUGGCAACUUUGUGCAAGGCUGCAACAAAUGCCCCUGGGGAAAUUCCUGCCAGCACUCCCGGUGGGAUGAGCCAGUAUGAGAGAAUUGUUGAAACUCUGACCACCCUUUUUCCUGUUUGGGUCAUUUUGGGAACCAUUGUUGGGAUCUACAAACCAGCUGCGGUUACUUGGCUGGAAACUGAUCUUUUCACUGUUGGAUUGGGUUUCCUCAUGCUUUCUAUGGGGUUGACAUUGACAUUUGAGGAUUUCAGGCGAUGUUUGCGGAAUCCUUGGACUGUAGGUGUGGGAUUUUUGGCCCAGUACCUCAUCAAACCACUGUUGGGCUUUGUUAUUGCAAUGACUUUAAAGUUGUCUGCACCGCUUGCAACUGGUCUUAUAUUGGUGUCCUGCUGCCCUGGAGGUCAAGCGUCCAAUGUUGCAACUUAUAUAUCUAAGGGGAAUGUAGCACUCUCCGUCCUCAUGACAACGUGUUCGACUAUUGGUGCCAUUGUGAUGACGCCUCUCCUCACUAAGCUUCUUGCUGGCCAGCUUGUUCCUGUGGAUGCUGCGGGCCUGGCUAUCAGUACUUUUCAGGUUGUUUUGGUGCCAACGAUAGUUGGAGUGUUGGCCAAUGAAUUUUUUCCCAAGUUUACUUCGAAAAUAGUCGCGUUGACCCCAUUGAUUGGAGUUAUUCUGACCACCUUACUUUGUGCAAGCCCUAUUGGACAAGUUGCAGAUGUCUUGAAAACUCAAGGAGCGCAACUUCUCUUACCAGUAGCUCUCCUGCACGGCGCUGCCUUUGCCAUUGGAUAUUGGAUGUCGAAAUUGUCAUUUGGUGAAUCUACUUCCCGCACUAUUUCUAUUGAAUGUGGGAUGCAGAGUUCUGCCCUUGGAUUUCUUCUCGCCCAGAAACAUUUCACCAAUCCUCUGGUAGCCGUUCCUUCUGCGGUCAGCGUGGUUUGCAUGGCGCUUGGCGGGAGUGCACUUGCUGUUUUCUGGAGAAACAGACCAGUCCUGAUCGAUGACAAAGACGACUUCAAAGAAUGAGACAUCCGUUAGAUAUCUAGGUUUUAUCGAUUUUGGGUGUAAUUUUUGUUUUCAUUUUUGUGGUUCCUCAUGCAGUAUGAUUGUUUCGGCUUUAAGUUCUAGCUAGAAGGAAGUGAAUUCGGAUAAUCACAUAUCAUAUUGGAUUCUGGGCUGGGGUGUAUAUGUUUUAGCUUAACAAAAGCAAAGUCAUUUCUUCA